ACUAGCAAAAUUCCCCCAUUUGAGAUGCCUCUGAGAAAAUUAACCGUUUGAUUAUUGUGGCGGCGGUGCACACACACACAGAAUGUCCGACGUUGAGGCGACAUUCGAUCGCCUGCUGAAACUGCCGGGCGUCAUGGGCGCCAUACUGGUCAAUGGCGAGGGUAGACCCAUUCGCACAUCCAUGGAUGCAACGUCCAGCCACAUAUUUGCGGGAAAAAUGGCACCGAUGGUGAAGAUGGCACGCGCCAUGGUGCGCGAGGUGGAGCCCACGGAUGAUCUCACGUAUCUGCGGAUGCGGACACUCAAGAGUGAGAUUCUUGUGGCAGCUGAGAACGAGCACAUGAUCAUACUCGUCCAGGAUUCGAAUGCAUUGGAUGAGGCGCGACGGAAUAGCUCGUCGUCGUCCAAGAGGAGUUCAUGAAUUCCGUAUCUGGAACUCCUCCCUCCCCCUUCCCACCAUCAGUUGGAGGAACUAAAAAAUAUCAAAAUGAGCAAAAAGUGCGCAGUGCACGUCAUGUGGGCAGCAUAAACAAAAUGGCAUAAACAAGCUGCGCCAGCAGGGGGUGUGGGCAGCGGAGAUGAAAAGUCCUUGCACGAACUCUCCCCACUCUUC